AUGUUACAAGAUUUAGGAAACUUUAUAGGAGAUAAGUUACAAAGUUUAUUUAAUAAAAGGGUAACGGAUGAAACAAUAGAGACAUUAUUAAAUGAUAUAUGUGAUAAGUUAAUAACAAAUAAUGUUAAGCCAUCUCAUGUAGAACAUUUAAAGAAUGAUAUGAUGAUAAGAAUUAAAGAAAAGCCUAUACAAACAAAUGCAAAUAAAGUGAAGUAUAUUCAGAAUAUUGUAUUUGAGUCAUUAAUAGAGUUUAUAGAUCCUAAAACAGAAACUUAUAAAAUUGAAAAGGGGACAGUCAAUGUGAUAGUUUUUGUAGGACUACAAGGAGCAGGUAAAACAACCAGUAUAUGUAAGUAUGCAAACUUCUAUAAAAAGAGAGGAUUCAAAGUAGGAAUAGUAUGUGCAGAUACAUAUAGAGCAGGAGCAUUAGAUCAAAUCAAACAGAAUUGUAGUAAGAUAAACAUACCAUUUUUUGGAUCAGAUAAUCCAGAUGCAGUAGAAGUAGCAAAGACGGGAGUAAUUCAAUUUAAAAGACAUAAUUUUGAAUUAAUAUUAGUAGAUACAUCGGGUAGACAUACAGAAGAAACAGAAUUAUUUAAAGAGAUGGAAGGGAUAGUAAAAGCAAUACAACCAAAUAAUAUUGUCUUUGUAAUGGAUGCAGGUAUAGGACAGUCAGCAGAAGAACAGGCAAUGGGAUUUAAGAAAAGUGUAAAAGUAGGAGGAAUAAUACUAACUAAGAUAGAUGGAGCAUCAAAGGCAGGAGGAGCACUUAGUUCAGUAGCAGCAACAGGAUGUCCAAUAGAAUUUAUAGGAUCAGGAGAAGAUAUGAAUUCAUUAGAACAAUUCAAUCCUAAUAGAUUUAUUUCGAAGUUACUUGGGAAGGGAGAUAUUGAAGGACUGUUUGAAAAGUUCAGUUUAUUAGAUAUCGAUGAAGAAGAAGCAAUGAAUAAGUUUAUGAAAGGAACAAUGACAUUAGGAGAUUAUUAUGGUUAUUUUAAACAAAUGUUAUCACUUGGAUCAAUUUCAUCACUUCUUAAUAUGAUACCAGGAGUUAAGAAUAUUAAAAUACCAGAUGAAUCUAAAUUUAAGAGAAUGACAUACGCGUUUGAUUCGAUGUCUAAAUCAGAGUUAAAUUCAUUUGGAGAUCUUUUUGUUAAAGAACCAAAUAGACUUAAAAGAAUAUCAAGAGGUUCAGGAAUAUCAAUUGAUGAACUUAAUGAGACCAUUCAAAAUUACAAGUUAAUUAAUCAGUUUUCUAAGAAAUUGUUAAAUAAUCAAAAUUUAAAAAAUCUUUCAGAAAGUAAUCACUUGAGGAAUCAAGUUAGUGAGUAUUUAGGCUUUAAUUUUGAUGAUAUGAUGGAUGAUUUGGAAAAAUUUAAAUCUAAGAAAACAGAUGAUUUUAAUGAUCUCAGUUGA